AUGAACACCCUCUACUUCAAGUCCCUGUUUUGCGAGGAUCUCUACAAAAACCCCACCAAGUCGCUUCAGGAUGCUAUCGCCAGAUCGAACAACUUCAUCCGAAUGGAAAAAGACACAGCAGCGAUACUCAAGAAAAUGAAUGCGACCCCUAAACCGACAGCUCCAAAAGCUCCUGAGGAAAACGACGAGAAGUCGCCGACAGCUCCAAAAGCUCCUGAGGCACGCCAAGAGCCUCGACAGCACGCCACAUGCAACAAAUCCAACCAGCAGAAAAACUUCGUCUAUGUCGUCGAAGAUAAAAACCCCUCGGGAUCGACUGUCGUCGUGCGCGAGAAGGGUUGGAACGUCUGGGAAAAUGACGAGAAGUCGCAAACCCCAGCGGCGCCUUCAACUUCGAAUCCUGGCAUGAUCGAGCAAAACCUAUGGUGCAGCUACCAUAAGUCCAAAGCGCACGAUACGAGAAAUUGCAGGCAUCUAGUUGAUGCCCUCUUCUCAUCCUACGAAAACGGAACAGCAAACGUUGAGCUUCCCAAGCCUAGGCCAAACAACACCAAGAGAUGGAGCAAGAACAAAGAAAAGAAAGCUCAGAAGAAUCAAGACAAGGCCGGAGCCCGACCCAGACGCGCCGAAGAUGACAAGCCAGAAGAGCAAGACGAAGACGAGGGCGAAGCACAAGUCGAAGAAGAGCAACCUCGUAAUCAUCGACGUGUCCAAGUCAUCCUCGCACGACCGAGUUCCUCCUCAGACGAGGAAGAGGACAACAAAGUCCGUGACUCGCACGAACACUCCGGUAAGCGGCCAAGCAAGAACAGCAGACCGGAGGGGUCGUAUGAUUUGAGAAGCAAGCUUAGGUGA